AUGGCUCGUCGUCAGGAUCAUCUGGCUGAACUUGACCGCGAUACAACCACGGCGAAGACGCCGCGAACCGCCGGGCAGGCCUUGUAUCAAGUUGAACGACAAUUUAUGGCCGGGAAAGAGGUGCAGGCCCUGGACCAGUGGGAGGACAAUUAUCGUAAUUUCGCAACCAGGCCCGAGUAUCUCGACGCAGGCGCCAGGCUACACGCCCUCGCCGGACAUGCAGAUCGCGCAAGAGAGAUCAUGGAUCACUUGUUCGAACUGUCUCCAAGCUGGGAUCUCUCCAUCAGUAUGGCAGUCUUCCGCGCCCACACCAGUUCAGAUCUGAAACAGCACCACAAAACGGCAAAAGAUAUUUACCUCAACAUGAAAAACAGACUUGGUACAGACGCAACUAUCGAGACAUACGACGCUUUCUUAAUAGGCUUUCUGGAAGCACGGUCUCUCUCGUCUGCAAAAGAAGUCUUUCGAGACAUGGUUCGAGGCGGCUACCUUGGACCGGAAUCUCCUCCACAUAAUGUUCUUCGAAGGCUUCACCUGUUGUACACACUAGGUACAGAUAUCUCAAGCAUGACCAGUAUUGCACUCGAUGCCAUCACAGUCUUGCCGGAAGCGUAUCACAGUCACGUUUUCGGUGAUUGGUUGAAGACUGCAGUCACAGAGAAAGCACCUCAGGCAGCUGCCCAGAUCCUCGACUUGAUGAUUCAGCGAGGCUACGAGCCCGAGGCAUUUCAUUUUAACAUGCUGCUGAGAGUGCUUUUCAGGACUAAAGAACCUGCGGACACAUUGAAGGCAGAGAAUCUUGGCUGGAAAAUGAUCGAGGAAGCAAGGCUAUCAAUGCGCAAAGACCGACCCGUACCACAAGCUCGCACAAAGGACAUCAACAGAAGGCUGAAAGGCGUCAGCGUGUUGGAUGCAAAGACUACAAUAGCAGUGCCCGCAGCGAGCGUAUCGACCUUCGCUUUGGUUAUGCGCCAUCACGCUCGGAAUCUGCAGUGGGAACACGUCGACUAUCUUACCAGGCAAUUGAAGCUGGCCAAUAUUGAGCCCAACACCACAAUCAUGAACGUCCUCAUCGACAACAAAUGUCGACAAGCAAAGUUCCCUGAGGCAUGGCAGAUCUACAAAUCUCUCACUGACAAUGCGGAGGCGGCUACGGUCGUAUUUCCCGACGGCGAAAGUAUUCGUUGUCUAUGGAAGACGCUUCGCAUUGCCCUUGCCCAUCCUGCCGCUCGCGACAGCUCUGACCUUCCGACACCACGCGAACUGCUUCGCGAGACGAUUCAGUGGUGGACCUUGUGUCGCAGUCGAUACGAUGCCGACCGCUUCCUCCAGGGCUUGGCUGCAGAGGACCACGGUGCCAUCACAGCGCUAGUCUUGCAUUGCUUCAGUUUCGCACAAGAUCUGGCUGGUUCACUCGUUGCUUUGCAUGUCCUUCGCCAUACAUUUGGCUUUCGUCCUACAGAGAAGGCUGCCGAGAUUUUGCAACGGCAGAUUGCAUGGGUGGACAUGCGUGAAGAGACUGAGUCGGUGCGCAUGCAAUAUGGUUUCAGCGAGAAUAAUGCGAAGAACUUCGAAAGGGCGGCCCGCACAUACCGUCAGUUGAAAGAACGCAGGACCAAAGACCUGAACAUCUCCACGGAUACACUUGGAAACUACAGUGAAGAGGAUAUGGGCGACCUGGAACUCAAUAUACUCAGCGAGUUCAUCAGGACCGCCCUGAUCGCGAACUACCCACCAGAAGUUGCCGAAUCCAUGGUAGAUGCAGCACGAAACGCUGUUGGAGCUCCGGACCUUCCAACCGGCGAUAUGCUCGCCUCUCAGAUCAUCUGA